CGGGAGGGUAAACAGACGAGAUGGGGAGCUGGCUGCUGUGCUGAGGGAUCUGCUGGCCAGGCUCCAUUGUCCAAGGCUGCUGGCCGGGAGGAUGAGCGGAAAAAGUGGGAUAAGGGGGAAUCGUGGGAGUCUGUUCGCCUACCUGGAGGCAUACGGUAUUCAUGGGCAUCUUCUUUUUGGCGUCGAAGGGGAUUUGACAUCGUGAUGGAACGUGUAAAAAGACCCAAUAAGUAUGAUAAUGAAGACGAAGAGGGAAAGCAGGCCUACUGGCGCACCGGAAAUAGUCAGGGCCUGCCGCCUAAGGGGGGGCGUGGCUGUCGGGAUUCGCAAUUCAGAGGCACAUUUUUCUCCACUUUCAUAUCUACCGAUCAAUUGACAGACACCUAUGGUCGUCUUUCUCCCACCACUAGAGGUAUGGCGCUGGCAUCUGAGCCCAAGGUUGCCUCAUGCCCUCGAAACACUGUAAGCCCCAAUCCGAAUGGCUUCACCUUUCUAAAUGUCAUUUUCAAGUUUCUAGAAGUAGACGUUCAACAGGUGCGGUCCAAUGCCGGUCCUCACUGGGAUUACGCGGAGCCACUCCUGGGGCGGGCCAAUGGUUGGUUGGCGCACGCUUUGCAUCAUGCCUCCUCGAGACUUCUUGCGAACGGCUCAGUGAUGGGACAAGCAUGCCGGUCCAAACAUUUUAUCAGGCUCGCUAUUAGGAUCCUGAUGAAGCACCAG